AUGGCAAUGUCUGCGCAUCUUCACUCUCUUAUCAGUCUGGCUUCGUUGGCACACCGCACUAAGCUCAAGUUCAACAGCUCCUGCUGCAAUGUUCUGUUUCCCAAUGCAAAGCAAACGAGUCCAUCCACGCUUUGCAGUGCUGGACUAUCUGGACAGUCCAUUGUUUUCGAGGGAUCAAACCCGCCGUUUUCUUCCUUCAGUGAGUUGAUUGAGUCCCUGAUUGAUAAGGUGGAUUUAUCGGAGUCGGAAGCUGGAGCCUCAUUGGAGUUCUUGCUGAGUGAGGCUAAUGAGGCUCUGAGUAGCGCCUUUCUUGUGUUGUUGAAAGCCAAGGGAGAGACCUAUGAAGAGAUUGUGGGAUUGGCGAAGGCAAUGAUGAAGCAGAGUUUGAAGAUUGAGGGCUUGGAUGAUGCAGUUGACAUAGUUGGGACUGGGGGUGAUGGAGCAAACACAGUAAACAUUUCCACUGGGGCUUCCAUACUUGCUGCAGCUUGUGGUGCAAGAGUUGCAAAGCAAGGUAAUCGCUCAAGUUCCUCUGCAUGUGGGAGUGCAGAUGUAUUGGAAGCUUUGGGGCUAUACCUUGAGUUGCAACCUCAGGGGGUCAAGAGAUGUGUUGAUGAAGUAGGCAUUGGUUUUAUGAUGGCACCAAAGUAUCAUCCAGCAAUGCGUGUUGUUCGUCCCGUGAGAAAAAGGCUAAAAGUAAAGACUGUAUUCAACAUUUUGGGACCUAUGUUGAAUCCAGCUCAAGUUCCUUUUGCCGUUGUUGGUGUAUACAAGGAAGAAUUGGUCUUGAAGAUGGCUAAAGCAUUACAAAGCUUUGGCAUGAAAAAAACAUUGGUUGUUCACUCAGAAGGCUUGGACGAAAUGAGUCCCCUUGGACCUGGACUUAUCCUUGAUGUGACUCCUAACAAGAUUGAGAAGUUCUCCUUUGAUCCAUUGGACUUUGGAAUUCCUCGAUGCACUAUAGAUGAUUUGUGAGGUGGAGAUCCAGAGUUUAAUGCUGCGGCAUUGAAGCGUGUAUUGUCGGGGGAGAAAGGGUACAUUGCAGAUGCAUUUAUCCUAAAUGCAGUAGCAGCUCUUUUAGUCAGUGGUCGUGUAAACAAUUUGGCUGAAGGAGUUUCUUUGGCUCGUGAGACUCAAGUUUCAGGUAAAGCUAUCCGGGGGACGCUUGAUCGAUGGGUGUCUAUCUCAAAAACAAUGAGGCAAGAUACAGUCAUCUAUUAA